AUGCCCUAUUCGGCCAGGGAUGAUGACAUUUUGCAGUUUUUGGGAUGUAAGUUUUUGUUUUCUUUUGAAUUUUAGGUAUAAAGCAAAUUUUGAGGUUUUGUUCAAAAGACAUACUAUUUUUUUGGUAUUCGAAUUUUUUGUUUAUAAAAUUUAGUAAAUUGCUUAUAAAGACAAUGUAUUAUACUAUAUAUCCAUAAUCAGUUUUUUGAUUCAAGGUGCUCAUACUUUUGUUUUAGCCGAAGUGAACGUAACUUACAUCUACUUUACUUCUACAUCUGAUGGUAAGCCCUCUGGAGAAGCUUAUGUUCAAGUCAUGACUGAAGAUGACGUUAAACGUGCUCAGGAUAAGCAUCAACAAAACAUGGGAAGUCGUUAUAUCGAAGUUUUCGUCGUUCCUGAUGCUGAUCAACUGAUUAAACGCAUUCAGAACACAUUGCUUGACAAAGAUACUGGAGCUGUACGUGUUCGUGGAUUGCCUUACUCGUGCAGAGCUGAGGAGAUCAGGGAUUUCUUCAAAGGUACGUUUAUUUCUGCUAAUUCAGGUAUAAUAUUUUGAUAGAUUGGCCUAAUAUUGUGAGGUUUAUGGUUGUAGUAGCUCUGGGUCUUUUCUUCACUGUUUUUUCUUAUUAUCAAUGUGAUAAUAUUGUCUUUACUGGGUCUUAAAUUGGGCAAUAGUAAGCCUAUAAAGUUUUGGUCAUGUUAAAAUCUAAAAUUACGCUGGUUUUACAUUUGGUUUUACUCUAGAUAUGAAGGUGGUCGAGGUGAUUCUCGGGAAGGAGCAAGGGGAGUGGGGCCGGCCCACGGGAGAGGCUUACAUUCGGUUCAGUUCAAAAGAGGAAGCGGAGAGGGCUAUGCAACUUAAUGGGCAAUACCUCGGGAAAAGGUAACGUGGUUUUUAGGACUUUGUUAAAUGGUACUGUAGCUUUUGCAGUUGGUAUUCUUAUAUUUAAUGUUUUAUUUUAGAUAUGUUGAGAUUUUCACCGUGGAUUUGGACGCCUACGAGAACUUCAAGAACAAGAUGGAUCCAAACAGGAUAAAGCCUUUGAACUCGGUCGACGGCCCAUGGAAUGGAUACUAUCCUCCACCAUACGGAGGCUAUGGACCUCCAGACUAUGGAAAUGGAGAUCGUUCUGGAUAGUAAGUUUUGGUUUCUUAUUUUUUAUCAACAUACACAAUGAUUUAGUACAUAUAUUGUAUUGUUUGUGAGACCUUAUUUAACUUGAUGAUUUCAGUUAUGAUCCCUAUGCUUACCGAGGAGGUCCUCCAGUUCCACCAUAUCCAGGCCCAAGAUCUUAUGGAGGCUACGGUGAUCCAUACUAUGGAGGUCGCAAUGGUCCUCCAUCAAGAGGAUACGGUGGAGGUUACGGUGAUCGCUUCAACUCCGAGCCAAUCAAUCCCUGCAAGAUUCAGAUGAGAGGAUUACCGUACAGAGUGUCAGAUCAGCAGAUUCUGGAAUUCUUUGCACCUCUGAAGCCGGUCGAAAUUAAGAUUGGAUACUUUGAAGACGGAAGAGCCUCUGGAGAUGGUCUAGUGGAGUUUGCCAACGACCAGGACGCUUCUGAAGCAUUUAGAAAAGACAGGGAGAGCAUAAAGAACAGGUAGGCAUGGUUUUUGGGAUAAUAUUGUUUAUUUAAUUUAAAAAAUGGUUUUUGAUGUCAAAUUGAUUUUGUGUUGACUGGUUUAAGGUGUAUUUUUUAUUGAACUUACUUAUUUUAGGUACAUCGAACUGUUCCGUGGAGAACAAAUGAAGUUAUCGAGCAACACAACGUACAAGACUACAUUCAAGUCUUCAAAUGAAGCCUUUAAGCCAGCUCCAGACCCAUACAGACCUGACCCAUAUCAAGCAGCGGACCCAUACAAGGCAGCCGAUCCGUACAAGGCUGCCGAUCCUUACAGGAUGCCUCCAGCAGACCCCUACAAGCCCGAAUUCAAGCCCCUGGACCCCUAUUCUCCCUACGGCAAUGCACCGACUGCUCCGGCCAUGCCCGCCCAACCUUAUAACCAACAACCAACUUGGAGAUAUUGA